UAAAUAAUCAGGAAGUGUGGGAAGAAUAUUUUAAUAGAUUUUUCAUUGUAAAAAUUAAAUUUCUGAACAAAAUGGAAUCAGAUGAAAAGACUUUGCAGAAGCUUGAGCCACUGGCAAUUUUUGGAUUCGAUGGAAAAAUGCCAGGAGGCAUUAAGGUGCAUCCCGGUGGGAAACACAUAAUCUUUGCUAUUGGAAAUAAGAUUUCAGUUAUGAAUAUCCAGACGGAUGGUCAGGAAUUUCUUUCUGGGCACACAAAUACAAUUUCAGCAUUUGAUGUGGCACCUACAGGGCAACUCCUCGCCUCUGGACAGGUCAGCCAUAUGGGCUUUCGCUCCUCCGUCAUCCUGUGGGAUUGGGAAACGAGAAAAGAACGCGCUCGAUAUGAUUUGCAUCGAGUACGUGUGGAAAGUGUCCGUUUCACGGGAAGUGAACGCUUCCUGGUGUCUCUUGGUGGUGCCGACUGUGGCAUGAUCAUCGUCUGGGAUGUGGAGAAGGGAACAGCCAUUUGUGGAGCUUCAGCAGCACGAGAAACAACAGGGGCUGCACUUCGUCUAGAAGCAUUGCGCUUCAGAGGGGAUGCCUUUGUGUCAAUUGGGCAGCAAACACUGCGAUUGUGGACAAUUGAUCCUGAGGCCAGAAGGUUGAAGGCUUCUGAUGUGAAUGUAGGGAAGUUGCGACGAGACUACACAGCAGCACGAGUAGAUGAAAACGAUGAAAUCCUCCUUGUUGGCACAAUGAGUGGAGAUGUUGUCAAGGUGAAACUAAAUCUCCCUGAUGAUCCUGAUAAGGGAGCUGCACCAACACUCCUAGGAUGCUAUGCACGACACAAUCCACGGAAGUCACGUGGCCAAGAUUGCAGCCGCUACAGCAAUGGUGUGCGGGAGUUGUGGCUAUUCAAUGAUGGAAAGAUCCUCAUUGGAGGCGGUGAUGGGACUGUUGAUCUUGUCCAAGAACGCAAUGUCUCCUUCCGGAAUUAUCAGAAUCCAACUUGGCCACAAUAUAAAUCUCUCCAGAGAACAAAGGUGAACGGUCCAAUUUCCUCUUUCCAACAACUGAAUGCCGAAACAAUCCUAAUUGGAACGGAAGCUUGUGAAAUUUAUUCACUUUCCCUGGGAAAUUUUGAUGUAAAACUCCUAAAGACAUGCCACACAGGACCUGUGUUUGACGUAGCAUUUCCUCACAAUUUUUCUGGCGUAUUUGCAACUGCCAGCUUUGAAUCUCUGCGCAUCUGGUCAGUGCGACGGAUGCAGGAACUCUUAAGGAUUGUCGUGCCGAAUUUCACCGCCUCAGGUGUGGUUUUCUCUCAUGACGGGAAAAGCCUCCUCUCGGCGUGGAAUGACGGAGCAUUGCGUGCCUUUACACCCCUUACGGGACGUCUGGCAUUUGCAAUUCCCAAUGCCCACAACAAAGGUUGCAGUGCUUUAGCGGCUGCUGCCCUUGGGGGUCUCCUUGUUAGUGGUGGACUUGAGGGUCAGGUGCGUGUGUGGAGUGUUGCACGUACUCCCACACUUUUAGGUGUCCUCAAGGAGCACACAGCCGCCGUGACAAGUGUGGACUUCAAUCGUUUCGACACGGAAGUUGUUUCUGCCUCACGCGAUGGGAGUUGCAUCAUUUGGGACAUUAUCAACUUUUCCCGGAAGCACGUCUUGCUGGCCAACACGCAGUUCACGUGCGCUCGCUACCUGCCCAGUGGUAUUCAAAUUCUAGCCACUGGGAGUGAUCGUCGUAUUACCUACUGGGAAGUCUUCGAUGCGAGUCUCGUGAGGGAUGUUGAGGGUUCCUUGCGUGGCUCCAUCAAUAGUCUAUCAUUUGCUGGCACAGGAGAUUUCUUCGCAUCUGCUGGGAGUGAUCAAUUGCUGCGCUUCUGGGAUUACAAUCUUGGUUUGCCCGUUGGUCUGGGUCGUGGGCACUCUGCGGAAAUUCUCGUUGUUACAUGCAGCCCUUGUGGGGGUUUCAUCGUAACCGGAAGUGCAGAUGGAGCGGUUUUUGUCUGGAGUAUUCCUGAGCAAUUUCGUACAGUUCCCACUCCGUCUGAGGCAACCCCUAAGGCAGCACCACAGGGGAAGUCUCGAGGACGCAUGGAGAAGAUGAGAGAAAAUAUCAGCCAGCUGAAUGGGAAGAAUUCCGGGAAGAAAUUGCAAAUCUCCGAAUGUCCCCCAAUUGAUGACAGAAGAAGUGGAUCUGGAAGCUCAAAAAGCAGCAAAAGCUCUAAAGGUUCCAAAAAUGGUGGAAGGAUUUCUAGUAAAUAAAUGAUUCAUCACGGGACAAGCUGCCUAAAGAGCAUUAAAGCGAAUAUUUUAAUAACUUUUCUUAUAAGCUUAUUUUAGAAUGAGAAUUUAGUAAUUCUUUUUAAUAAAGAUAAUCAAAAA